GCCCCGCUCGGGGCGGGCCCGAGGCCGCGGUGCCGGGCGGGGAUGGCGGAGGCGGAGGCGGCGCAGGGCCGGGUCCAGGCGGCCGUGGAGAGCGCGGUGCAGGGGCUGGAGCGGGAGCGGAUCCGCGCCAUGCAGGGUGCCAUGUUCCGGUGCAGUGCCCGUUGCUGUGAGGACGGCUCAGCCUCCAUGCAGGAGGUCCAGCGCUGCAUCGAGCGCUGCCACGCGCCCCUGGCCCAGGCCCAGGCCAUCGUCACUGCCGAGCUCGAGCACUUCCAGGACCGGCUGAGCCGCUGCUCCCUGCAGUGCCGGGACCAGGCGAAGGACGCGCUGGACUCGGGGGGCUCGGAGCCCAAGGUGAGGGGGCAGCUGGACGCCUGCCUGGCCUCCUGCGGGGACCAGCACCUGCGCCUCGUGCCCCUCAUGGCCAGGAAGAUGAGGGACGGGCUGGCUGCCAUCCAGCAGUGAUGGGGGGCACCGAGGAGACCCCCCCAACGGCCUCAGCAAAGGAGAGCGGCUGCGGGGACCCGGGAAUUCCCAAAGUGCAGCUGGGACACACUGAAGGACAUUGGUACCACCCAAACCCUGCCUGGGACCCCCCAAAAUAUACUUGGUACAACCCAAAA